UUCCGGCCAGAACGACGCCGGAGUUUCCUGUGUGAGGGAGGCGGGUGGGCUAGGUCUGUUCUGGUGGCUGAGCCCGAGCGUGCCGAGUUACCGCGAACUGCAACUUUGAGACCUGGCUAAACUCUGAAAGUUGCAGGAGCAGUCAUUUCGGGUGGACGCAGCGAGGGCGCUGAGAGGAAUCGGCCGUGGGGCUCGCUGUGGACCACAUUUCCCAGAGGGCUCGGCAGCCCGUCGCUUUUCUCGCGGGAACUCGAACUUUUCAUCACGCCUGGCGGGAGCGUUAGAUCCUUGAGGUGAGAUCGUGGGCCCCUGGGGGAACUGGUUCAGCUCUGCAGGUUCGGACCCCCGGGGACCCGAAAGGCCUAAGUUGAGGAGACCGGAGGCCGAUAUGGAGCUCGGUACUUGGGCCUGUGCGGGCGGAGCGGCGUGAGAAGGGGGAGGUUAUGCGACCCGUGUGCAGAUAUAGGAUGCCUAUCAUUGUGGAAUUGUGACUGUGUCCCCCUGUGGUGGUGUGUGCUUGUGACCCCGCGACACUGGGGUACCUGCGACUGUGCGAGUGUAUGUAUUCCGUGUUGAAUUUGCGAUUGUAUCUGUGAUACCAUGUUUGACUCUGUGUGUGGAUGUGGAGUGCGUGUUCCCUUGUUUUAAGAAUGACUGCUUAAGGUAUGUGGCACUGUGUGUAUGGGUAUGAGGCUCCUGUCAGCUGUGCGAUUGUUACUCCAGAACUCUGUCCUUAGGAAAUCUCUGUGAGGUUUUGUUAGAUUAUUGACCUCAACAGCAGUAACCUCAGCUUUCUCCUGAGACACUGGGAUUGGAAGGGACGCCCCAUUCCUCUGAUCUCAUUCGCUUUUGUGCUGGGGGAUGGGGAUGGGGCUGACCUGUGACCUGACCAGUUUGAGCAACAAGAAGAACCUGGUAUCUUACGAUGACUUUCUACUUUCCAAGUUCUAUCCUUCUCCAGGUGAGGCGCAAAAGAGAAGGAAACAAUGCAUGCUGAACUUAUACAAGCAGUUUUCAGGGGGUCAGUGAUGUUCAGGGAUGUGUCUAUAAACUUCUCUCAGGAGGAAUGGGAGUGCCUGGACUCUGGUCAGAUGAAUUUAUACAAAGAAGUGAUGUUGGAGAAUUUCAGCAACCUGGUUUCAGUGGGACUUUCCAGUUCUAAGCCAACUGUGAUCUCCUUAUUGGAACAAGGAAAAGAGCCCUGGAUGGUUGACAGAGAGCUGACGAGAGGCCUUUGUUCAGAUCUGGAAUCCAUGUGUGAGACCAAGUUACUCUCUCUAAAGAAGAGACAUUUUAGUCAAGUGAUGUUUACCUAUGAAGACAUACCCACUUUUAUUCAGCCCACGUUUCUUAUUCCACAUCAAAAAACUAUUAAUGAAGAGAAGCCCUGUGAAUGUAAAAUAUGUGGAAAGGCCUUUAAUCAAAACUCACACUUUGUUCAACAUCAGAGAAUUCAUUCUGCUGAAAAAAACUAUGAAUGUAAGGAGUGUGGGAAAUCCUUUAGUCGUGGCUCACUUGUUGCUCGACAUCAGAGGAUUCACACUGGUGAAAAACCCUAUGAGUGUAAAGAAUGCGGCAAGGCUUUUAGUUGUAGUUCAUAUUUUUCUCAACAUCAGAGGAUUCACACUGGUGAGAAACCCUAUGAAUGUAAGGAAUGUGGAAAAGCCUUUAAUUAUUGCUCAAACCUUAAUGAUCAUCAGAGAAUUCACACUGGUGAAAAACCCUAUGAAUGUAAAGUAUGUGGAAAAGCCUUUACUAAGAGUUCACAACUUUUUCCACAUCUGAGAAUUCAUACCGGUGAGAAACCUUAUGAAUGUAAGGAAUGUGGGAAAGCCUUUACUCAACAUUCAAGGCUUAUUCAGCACCACAGGAUGCAUACUGGUGAGAAACCUUAUAAGUGUAAGGAAUGUGAGAAGGCCUUUAGUAGUGCCUCAACACUUACUAACCAUCACAGAAUUCAUGCCGGCAAGAAACUCUAUGAAUGUAAAGAAUGUGGAAAGGCCUUUAUUCAGAGCUCAGAACUUAUUCAACAUCAGAGAAUUCAUACAGAUGAAAAACCAUAUGAAUGUAAUGAAUGUGGAAAGGCUUUUAAUAAAGGCUCAAACCUUACUCGACAUCAAAGAAUUCACACUGGUGAGAAACCUUAUGACUGCAAGGAAUGUGGAAAAGCCUUUGGUAGCCGCUCUGACCUCAUCCGCCAUGAAGGAAUUCAUAUUGGAUAAAUGAUAGGCCCUUAUGACUGUAAGGAGUGUGGAAAGGCCUUUGGUAGUCGCUGUGACCUCAUCCACCAUGAAGGAAUUCAUAUUGGAUAAAUGAUAGACCCUUUUAAUAACCUUUAUAAUAAUAUAUUUUAAAACAGGUAAUGCAAAAAAUAAACAAAAAAUCCCAGAUAAUGCAUGAUCAAAGUUCCUCUCUGUAGUAGUUUUCUAGGGCUACUAUAACAAAGUACCAAGUACCACAAAACUAGGUGGCUUAAAACAACAGAAACUUAUUCUCUCAGAUUUUGAGCCUUGAAAACCACAAUCAAAGUUGUUGGCAAGGUUGGUUCCUUCUGGGGCUCUGAGGAAGAAUCUGUUCCAUGCCCUUCUCCUAGCUUCUUGUAACAGUGAUUUUUUGACAUACCUUGGCUUGUAGACGCAUUGCUCCAAUCUCUGCCUCCAUCUCCACACUGUGUUCUCUCUGUGUCUCUUCUCUCAUAUGGACACUGGUCAUAUUGCAUUAGGGAUCACCCUAAGGACCUCAUCUUAACCUGAUUAUAUGUGCAAAGAACUUAUUUCCAUGUAAGAUCACAUUCACAGAUACCAGGUGUUAGGACCUCAGCAUAUUUCAACCCGUUACACUCUGUUAACACUAUUUUUUCUAAAGUAUUUGUAAUUUUAUACAUAAAGUUAAUCAAAUGUAUUUUAAAAUGUGAAUUCAAGGUCUAAAUUAAACUCCCUUUUCCCCCCAAAAAAGAUUCUAUCCCAAAACUACUUAUUCCAUAAUUCCUUCCCAAUUAGUCUCUGCUUUGAUUAUAUAGUUUGUAUUAACUUAUGUUUUAGGGCCGUCUUUUCUGUAUCUGUGGCCUACCAAAUUACACUGUAAAUUGUGUUACAUAGGCUAUCUUUGAAUUCAUGGUGGAAUUAUAACUUUGUUUUUGAAGGCAGCUGUAUUCUUUUUACUUUUUGUAAAAUUAAUAUUUUCUUAUUGUAAAAAAAAAGAGGACACCAAGAAAAAAAUAAAGAUUAUUUGUAAGCCUACCAAACAGAGAUGACUACUUCAAAUUAUCACAACAUAUCCUUACAGGCUUUAUUUAGUGUAAUUGUGACAUGCAUGCUGUACCAUAACCUGCUUUUAUCAUGCUACUAUUUCAGCAAGUAUAGAUGUUUAUGUAUCAUUCCUUUUAAUGGUAUCAUAAUAAUCUUUUCUGUGGUUGACUAUCAUUUUGCUAAAUAACUACCAAUAAACAUUUUG